AUGAGGGUAGAGAGUAGAAGAAGCGAUGCACUGGAGGACACGCGGAGAAAAGGACGCCUCGCCUGGCUACGGGCUUGGGCGGAAGGAGCGUGCUCUAUGAACACCCGCGCCUUCCACAUUUCGCCAGCCCAGUGUACUGGCGGUGAGAGAGGCAAGCACAGCAUGGCGGCGCGAUUCUCGGCAAAUGCAAGUAGAAUGGCAUUCAUUGUGAUAUUCAAUGGGCCUUACGCGGGGUUUGGGGAGAGAAAUGCUGUCGAGGGUCGCCAAAGGGGUGGAGUUUUGCAGGACUUGCAGUCAAACCAGUUUGCAGUUCCAGGGCAACUCAAACGACUACAAUUCGGACAACAAAUUCGGCUUGCACGCAGGGAUCGUAGCCCGACGACAAUCCUGGGAGUGGUCCUGAAAGGCGAACCCGAAGACAAGGCAGCUGCGCGCUAUACAUAG